UUGCAUAUGAAGUGAACCAUGUAGCGUGCUACCAACCUUUUUGUGAGGGUGAUCUCCGUAUGUGGUUCCAUCACGUUAAUUUCACUGCAAAGACUAAAGCAACACCUUAUUGCGAGUUCUUCUUCGCUGAAGUCAUAUUUAUGCAAGAAAACUCUUUGGAGUUGCCAGUCAGCUGUUUAUGCAGGCUUAAACCUAUUGAUAAUGGUAACUGCUUUGGUUGUAUAAACAAUGGAAGUGUUGAUAUGAUGCAUCCCAGUGAUGUUGGUUAUGCUGGUGGCCAUGCGAUGAACACUUACCAGCCAUUCAGUGGACCUAGGGUAAUGCCAGGAAGCUAUGAAGAGGAAAGCUACGAAGCUGAGGAGGCCAGGUUGAGAAGUACUUUGCAGUGCCUUGACAAUCCAGAGAUGAUGGAAGGACCACCAAGACCGUCUAAGUUCUGGGACAGCCUUGUUAAGGUAUACAUUGGACCACUGGGAUACUCGGACCGAGACCGUGUACCACCAGGAUUCCCAGGUAGUGGAGCUACGCAACACAGUGCACCCCCGGCCCCGCGUGCGCAAUACUUUGGGGUUGGCCGUGGUGCUAUGCAAUGCUUUGCACCUCCAGAUCUCUCGGGGUUGUCUUCUUCAUAAGCCAUGGAUUUUAUUGUAGAAUCUGGUUAAAUUCGAGACUGCUCUAACUAACAUGCAUUUGAAUACUGUAUACUCUUUGAGCGACAAAUGUCUUUCAUCAAGACGGAGUGACGGAUUCCAUUUUGGCAGC